AUAGGGAAAGGGCUUAUUUAUACACGUCUGUUCCUCCCACCCUGCACUCGGUGCUUGAGCCCCGGCACUGCUUCGCAGGAACAGGCGCCUGCGAGGUACCAGGGAUGAGCACGGGAGCUGGACUCUGCCUGCCAGAGCAGAAGGGAGCGGGGGCACAAACCCUGACUCCUUCAGCACCCUCCUGCCCGGGUACACGGGUGCUGCCCUCGGUCCCCCGGGGAUGGCGUGGCAGAAUCGCGCAGAGCAGCAGCAAGCGGGGGGGAAACACCAGCCCCGGGACCGAGCGGGGGCCUGGGCUGAGUGAGGGGGGGUCGCAGAGGGAAGCGGUGUCACGAAGCACCCAAAGGAAGCUGUUUUUAUAUUUUUUUUUUCCAAAAGCUUAGCCCCCCUGCUUGGAGCUCAGCCAGCUGAUACAGAUGGGGUGUUACAAAACAGAGCCAAAAGGCAAGAGUGCGAGGAACAGAGCUAUCUAUAACCCAGACAAAGUUAGAUGGAGCGAAGGUGGGGAAGAGGGAAAGACAGAGCGUGGCAGGCAGCCCCUGAUGCUGAAAGCCAGGACGUGAUCGUUCGGCAACAGGAUUUGGGAGUGAGCGACUCCCGCUAUCCAGCAGCCAGAUAAGGCUCUGUGGCUGUCAGCUUAACUCUGCCGUUUAUUCCUGUGCUGUAGGGAGUUAAAUAGAGCACACGGAAAGCCUGCUGCCGGCAGUGAAAGUCUCGCAGGGAGAGGGAAGGAAGAGGCAGUAACUGUGCAGUGCCCGGGGAGCCGGGUGGAAGUGGCAGUGGGCAGAGCCCCUCCAGGACCAGGCAGGCAGGCUACAAGGUUCACUCCUGCGCUCUGUGGGGCCGCGCGCCAGGCUGGCUGGUGGAUGUGAAGACACGCUGGAGAAGACAACAAUGCUGCCUGCAACUGCCAGCCACCGGUGGAGGAGCAGGUUCCUCAUGAGGUGGCAGGAGGCUUGCCUGCUCGGCUGCUGGCUGUCGCUGUGUGCUGCAGAGUCCUUCUUUGCUUGCCCUUCCUCCUGCAAGUGCAACAGCGGUAACCUGGAAGUGGACUGUAGUGGUUUGGGCCUCUCCUCCAUCCCCUCAGACAUCCCCACAAACACCAGGACCUUCCUCUUUCUCAACAACAAACUCAGCAUCCUGCCGGGACCGGUGUUUUCCAACCUCUCUGCCCUGCAGAGGCUGGACCUAUCCAACAACUUCUUGGACCAGCUCCCUCAGAACAUCUUCAGCGACCUGGGGAACCUGACGGAGCUGCAGCUGAGGAACAACAGCAUCCGGGCCUUGGACAAGGACCUGCUACAGCACACGGCCCUGCUGCGCCAGCUGGAUCUCUCCAUCAACGGCCUGGCCCAGAUACCCUCGGGCCUCUUCGAUGACCUGCCCGCUCUCCGCUCCCUCUCCCUCAGGUCGAACCGCCUGCAGAGCCUGGACAGGGUGACCUUUGAGCCACUGACCAGCCUGCAGCAGCUCCAAGUUGGGGAUAACCCCUGGGAAUGCGACUGCAACCUGCGAGACUUCAAGCACUGGAUGGAGUGGUUCUCCUACCGAGGUGGGAAGAUCGACCAGCUGGCGUGUACCCUGCCCAAGGAGCUGAAAGGGAAGGAUAUGCGAAUGGUGCCCAUGGAGAUGUUUAACUACUGCUCACAGCUCGAUGAUGAGAACAGCUCUACUGUGCUGGACAAUACUGGCCCACCCUGCACAAAAGGAAGCCCAACUCCUUCCAAAUCUAAAUCGGGCCCAGAACCAGAGGUGGAGCCCAGUGUGGGAUGCCCUCAGAAACAGCGAUACAGGCCUGUGAGCGUGCGGCGGGCUAUUGGCACUGUGAUCAUCGCAGGGGUGGUUUGUGGCAUUGUUUGCAUCAUGAUGGUGGUGGCAGCUGCUUACGGUUGCAUCUAUGCCUCCCUCAUGGCCAAGUAUCACCGGGAGCUGAAGAAGAGGCAGCCACUGAUGGGUGACACAGAGGGGGAACAUGAAGAGCAAAAACAAAUCUCUUCUGUGGCAUGAAACUCUUCUAGGAAGGAAGGGACAGCAAUGAACAAAGGUACCUGAGAGCAGUCAAGCAUGGGGUCCUCCCAAGAUGCAUCUUCCCAGACAAAAAGACAGACUGUGCUAUUGCUCCACUCACCCAAGCAGUGCAACAUGCUUCUGGGGGGUCAGGGCACCUGACUCUAAUCUCUGUUCCUCUGCCCCAGGCCCAUUUUGUGCCCUUUCACCCGUGGGCCCAGACAAAUAAAGUAGAGUCAGACCUCGA